UGAAAAUCUUCAUUCAUCUUCUAAGAUUCAACCAACAAUGGAUCGUGAAACCAAACAAGUUAUGCUCAAGAACAAGAACAUGGAUGUCUUAGAUAUCCUCAAUCAAACUCUAACCAUCUAUUUCAAAAACAUCAAUUUCAUCAUCUUCACACUCCUAACUUCUAUACCUUUAUUUUUUCUCAUGGUUUACUUUGAAACAUUGUUCCAACAAAUUUUAGUUCAAACUCCAAAAAUCAUCUCAUCUCUACCUUUCCAUGAAAAACAUCAAAUUACUUUCUCAUACAUGGAUUCAUUAUCAUACAUGGAUUCUAAUGGAAACAUAUUCACAUACAUUGAUCAUAUCCCAAGUUUUAGCCAAGAUUAUUUACCUCUUUUGGUUCAACUUUGUUUAAUUUACACUAUCCCUCUUCAUGUUCUAGAAUUUUUUUCUAAAGUAUUAACUAUGGAUUUAGCUUCAAAGCUUAUAAAUCUAGAAGAGAAUAAAAACAUGAGUCUCAAAUACAUGUUUCAAAAUUCAAUUGAUUUAUCAAUCAUGAAAGGAACAUUUAUAACUUCUUUGUAUACACUUACUUUAUCAAAUUGUCUACUUAUUGCAUUUCCAUGGACAGUGAGUAAUUGUUUUGGUUUAGCUAGUACUUUUUGGUGUUACAUAAUUUUUGGUAUGAUUUGUUUUGUAGCUGUUGGAAAAUUGUUGAUGAUGUAUUUAGAAUGGAGUGUUAUUUGGGAUAUGAGUAUUGUGAUUUCUGUGUUGGAUGGUAUUUAUGGAAUUGGAGCUAUGAGAGUUUCAUAUUAUUUCAAUAGUGGUAAUCAAAAGAGAGGACUUGUUUUGAUGCUUUUUUUCUUUGUUUUUGGAAGUUUUUUAAGGUUGAUAUGUAUCUACUUUGAAUGCUAUAAUGGAGGAAAUGGAAUUUUUGUACAAAUUGGUGUUCUUAGUGUUGUGAAUACAUUGAAAUGGGUGGCUUGUGUGAUUUAUUUCAAUGAUUGUAAGGAGAGGAAAAUGGAGAAGAAAAUUGAUGAUGAGGAAAUGGGUAAAGAUAAGCUUGAAAGUGAUUCAUCAAAAACAUAAUUUUGAUGUAUAUAUAAGGUUGUAAGAGUUGGAAAUAUUCAUAUACUUUUCAAGCCCCAAAAAAAUGAAGGGAUUUUUUUUCUUCCCUUCUAUGUGAAAUAAUAAUGAAUACUUGAACAAUAGUAGUAAUGUUGUAUCUUUUAUUUUUGUUCAGUUUUUUUUUUUCCUCAUAAAGUCUCAUUGAUGAAUAUGAAUUGUGUUCACUGAGGAAGUGUGUAUAUCUGUCAAUUAAUUUGGAUUUGGCAUCUAAGCUUCCAACAGACAAGAAUGAAAUUAGUCUCUAGCAGAAGAAUUGUGUGCAGGGUCCAAUUGUGAUGCAAUGAGAGAUUAUUAUACACAUGUGACAGGUAUACUAUGUAAUAACUUUACAAAUUGGAAAUAAGUUUCCUCAAGAGUAGUUUCAUAAA